GCUCCUUCAAUGACAAUUGCUUUCGAUAUCUGCAACUCAGCGACAUCGUUUGAUUCCUCGUUCUUCAUCGCCUUCUCCUAGGUUGUAUCCCGCGAAAGGGUAAAAUUGUUGUUCGAGUUUUGAUAGUCUUUAAUGUAUGUAAAAAAUCUAGGGUUUAUCACUUUAUAAAGGAAGUACCACUGGUAGUUGCGUAUGGUCAAUAUCACUCGGAUGAAUUAGAGAGCUUGUGAUUCCAAGUAUCUGAAUUGAUUGUUGGUUAUGUGAUUUCAUUUGCUUGUCUCUCUAUGGAGGGAGCGGCAGUUAAUUCUGCAGCCAUUAAGCCUAUAAAUAAGGGUGUAGUUCAUAGGAUCUGCUCAGGACAAGUAAUUCUAGAUCUCUCUUCGGCAGUGAAGGAGUUGGUUGAGAACAGCUUGGAUGCCGGUGCUACUAGUAUUGAGAUUACUUUGAAAGAUUACGGUGAAGAAUCAUUCAAGGUUAUCGAUAAUGGUUGUGGCAUUGCACCCAGUAAUUUUAAGGUACUUGCACUCAAGCAUCAUACCUCUAAAAUAAAUGAUUUUCCUGAUCUCCAGUCAUUGACGACUUUUGGUUUCAGAGGGGAGGCACUCAGCUCUCUUUGUGCACUAGGGAAUUUAACUGUCGAGACAAGAACGAAAAAUGAACCAGUAGCCACACACUUGACCUUCGACCGUUCAGGUCUAUUAAUAUCUGAAAGGAAAGUAGCACGCCAAAUUGGUACCACUGUCACUGUUGAUAAAUUAUUUUCCACUUUGCCAGUGCGGAGCAAGGAAUUUAGUCGCAAUAUCCGUAAAGAAUAUGGAAAGCUUAUUUCGCUAUUGAAUGCAUAUGCUCUCAUUGCUAAAGGAGUUCGAUUAGUCUGCACCAACACAACUGGAAAGAGCACAAAAUCAGUAGUGCUUAAUACUCAAGGGAGCAGUUCUAUUAGAGAUAACAUUAUAACAGUAUUUGGCAUGAAGACCUUCUCAUGUUUAGAGCCUUUGAGUAUACAAAUAUCAGAGAGUUGCAUGAUUGAGGGCUUUCUUUCCAAGCCUGAUCAUGGCAGUGGACGUAACUUGGGAGAUAGGCAAUUCUUUUUUGUCAAUGGCCGACCAGUGGAUAUGCCUAAAGUCAGCAAGCUUUUGAAUGAAUUAUAUAAGAGUUCAAACUCUAAGCGAUAUCCCAUUGUAGUCAUGAACUUUACUGUCCCAACUAGAGCAUAUGAUGUUAAUGUAACUCCUGAUAAGAGGAAAAUAUUCUUUUCUGAUGAGGGAUCUCUUGUGCACUCUUUAAGAGAGGCUAUAGAAAAGAUAUAUUCCUCAAAUCAUUGCAGUUAUUCUAUUAACAAAUUCGAGGAGCCUAAGCAGGAAGUGGGAAAUAAUGAGUCACAUAUGUCACUGCAAGAAAUAUCUCCAGAAGGUUACAGCUGUAAGGAUGUAGCAUGUUGUGAGAGAGAAAUUAUGGAAGAAGAAACUACGGAGAAUGAUAUCCCUGUUAAAGUUGUAAAAAAGGAUAUUCAUGAGUCUUAUAAAAGAUCAGGAAUGGUCCACAUUAAGGACCAAAGUCCGGUAGAGAAGGACUUCUCUCUUAGAGUGCAUGCUGUUGAAAAGGGUGAUAGUUCUGGCAAUUGUAAUAUGCCAUUAAGAACUGAACCUCAUUUUUCUGUUGAUAAACACAUUCCAUCUCCUCUAAGAGCUGUAGGGAAAGAUUCUGUUGAAAAUUUAUGUUCAUCUAGUCGCUCAGGCAUUAUUCAAUCAUCACUUAUGAAGUUUGUUACUGUGAAUAAGAGGAAGCAUGGAGAUAGUAGCACAAAAUUGUCUGAAGUGCCUGUUCUAAGAAAUGAACCAAGUCGCUGUCAAGUAAGAAAAAGCCAUUCUGAGAUGCAUGCCUCAUCUUCAAGAUCCCUGGCUAGUCCCCCCAAGAUCGAUGAUUCUGGUGAGAUCUUUGAGAAUGAGCCUUCUAAGUAUCAUGAAGAAUCUAUUGUUUGUGAUGAAGUACAAACUCCAGUUUCUUCUAGAGGUGGUGUUUACAUUUUAGGAUCUGGAGGGGAGGAUUUAAAAGAUCAAGAAAAAGUAUUACCUCUUGAUGUGGCUGCAAAUGUGUUGUCUGGUGAUGGUCUUGAAAGUAUAUCAGAGGACCUUCCAGACACAGUGUCAGUGUUACAGUCUUCUCAUGUAGUAUUGGAUACUCCAGUGGCUUCUUCUGGUUUAGAGAUAUGUUCUACUUUGCAUUUUAGUGUCGAAGAUCUAAAAACAAGGAGGAAACAGCAGUCAAGAAUGAAAUCCAGUGGUUUAGCAGAGGAAAGCACAAGGAUUAAGAGUUCUAGGUGCUAUGCUGCGGCAACAGUGGAGCUUUCUCAACCAGAAAAUGAUGAGCGAAAAGCAAGGGCUCUAUCUGCCGCAACUACAGAGUUGGAAAGGUUCUUCAAUAAAAAGGAUUUUAGUAGAAUGAAGGUUAUUGGGCAGUUCAAUCUUGGUUUUAUCAUUGGAAGGAUAGAUGAAGACCUAUUUAUUGUAGAUCAGCAUGCUGCAGAUGAGAAACACAAUUUCGAGCGACUGUCACAGUCAACCAUCUUGAACCAACAGCCUUUACUGCAGCCAAUGAGAUUGGAGCUAUCUCCGGAAGAAGAAGUUGUAGCUUCAAUGCAUAUGGAUAUAAUCAGGAAAAAUGGAUUUACUUUGGAAGAGGAUGUACAUGCUCCUCCUGGCUGCCAAUUUAAAUUAAAAGCUGUGCCCUUCAGUAAAAACAUAACUUUUGGAGCUGAAGAUUUUAAGGAGCUCAUAUCUACCCUUGCUGAUAGUCAAGGGGAGUGCUCGAUGAUUAGUAGUUACAAAAUGGACACUUCAGAUUCUCUUUGUCCAUCAAGGGUUCGUGCUAUGCUGGCAUCGCGUGCUUGCCGUUCAUCUGUUAUGAUUGGAGAUCCGCUGGGGCGAAAUGAGAUGAAAAAGAUACUUGAGCAUUUGUCUGGCCUCAAGUCUCCUUGGAAUUGCCCACAUGGUAGGCCAACCAUGCGGCACUUGAUAGACCUGACGACUAUACGGAAGAGGUAAGAUCAACGUGAUUGACUUGUGAAGGCACAUCAGCAAUUUUGCUUCCUUGCUAACAAUUUUCCUUUUUGAUUCAGAUCUAUAGCUUAAUUGCAUGUUCCUUGUAAAUCUAUUUUUUUUCCAGUUGACAACAUUGUAAAAUCAGUUGAUGUAGCCUUCAAAUUGGUCAUGCAAAAACACUUCAUUCCCUAAUAGUAAUCAGAAAAGCAAAAUUUGCCCUAG